AUGCUGUGUUUAGACCCUUUCGAGAGCUACGUUACAGAAAUACUGAGUGACUACGCGCAGUUUGGGGUCAGAAAACACAUACUCGUACCAUUAACUUCUAUCAAGCCAGCAGUCCAACAACAUAAAAUGCCUACUUGUAGCGUAGUUGGCUGUGGAAGUAGAACCAGCACUGGUGUCAAGUUCUUCCGAAUCCCUACAGGAUCUCAUCCUUUUCUAAAGAAUAGACGUCGUCUGUGGCUCCAAGCAUUGAAAAGAGAAGACUGGGGUGAUGCUACUGCAGUCAAAGAGGCUCGUGUUUGUAGUGCUCACUUCAUUUCAGGGGAGGCAUCAGAUGACUCGAGCAGUCCUGACUUUGUGCCGUCUUUGUUUGCAUACACAAAACAAAAUGAGAAACAUGACACAAAAAUGGAGAGAUAUCACAGGAAAAGGAAGAGAACAGAGAUGUACAUCCCUGUAGUGCAACCUGAUUCUUCCAUUGAAGAAAUUAAACAAAACCCUGUUCAAGUUCAAGCUGAUGAAGACCUCCCACCAACGGUGUCAAGGAGUGAAUACGACGACCUUCGCUUGACACAUCGUCAACUCCAGGAAGAUUACAAUAACCUACAGCAGGAAUGUGUUAAGCUGCGCAGUGAGAAUGACUCAUUAAAGCACAAGUUAAACCAAUCCAAGUUAACAUACAGUAAUGUGAAGUCUAGCUUUAGACAAUUAGUGUAUUUCACUGGACUGACCUCUAUCAUCUUUGAAUGGCUCCUUAAAAAACUAAGCAGUGAGAUAAGUCAUCAUAGCCUUCCUUUAGAGGACCAACUUUUAAUGGUCUUAAUGAAAUUAAGGUUGGGCCUCAGCAACCUUGACCUGGCAUAUAGAUUUAAUGUAGCAAAUAGCACUGUAUCUCAUAUUUAUCGAUGCUGGAUAUCUGUUAUGUCAGUGGUCCUCAAGCCACUAAUAAAAUGGCCAAACAAAGGAGCAAUAAUUAAAAAUAUGCCCAGAGCAUUCAAGCGAAACUUUAAAAGAUGUCGCUGCAUUAUAGAAUGUGAGGAAAUGUUUAUAGCUAGGCCUAGUAAUCUCACUGCAAGAGCCCAGAGUUGGUCCAAUUAUAAACACAGCAACACCAUUAAGUAUUUGAUUGCCACCACACCUGCUGGGGCCAUUUCAUUUGUGUCUCCAGGGUGGGAUGGCCGGGUAUCAGAUAAACAGAUUACAAGAGAGUCUGGUUUCCUGGAACUGUUGGAGCCUAUGGAUGAGGUUUUAGCUGAUAGGGGAUUUUUAGUACGUGAUGAACUAGUUGCUUAUGGUGCAACCCUUCGUAUCCCUCAUUUCACUAAAGGGAAAAAACAACUCUCUGCACAGGAAGUAGACACAUCCAGACAACUGGCCUGUGUCAGGAUACAUAUAGAGCGAGUGAUAGGAAGGUGGAAGAGUUUUAAAAUUUUGCAAACUGUAAUCCCAGUGUCUCAAGUUGAUAUGCUAGAUGAAGUAGUGACUGUGUGUGCUGCGCUAACUAACCUCGGUAAAAGUGUUGUUCCUAAAGGAACAGGUUCCAAGUAAGCGACUUAUGACUGAUUUAUUAUUUUACAAGUCAUGUAUGUGAAAUAUCAUGAAAUCAUCAUUCAUGAAAUACAUUUUUUACACAACCAA